UAAUGCAUUUUUUCAACGAUUUUCCUUAUUUUCUUUUCUGGCGAUUUAUGUUUAUGUUGCUUUUUUUUCCAGCAAGAUUUCCUUCUCACCCUCUUUUCUUCAGUUGUCCUCCUUUUUCGAUAUUUUUUUUGUUUAUGUCGAUGUCUUCUUCUUCUCGAAUCAAAGAUGUAAGUUGGAGGAAUCAAAACGAGAGGAAGAAGCGAAAGUGAGACCAAGAAACAAGAGGAAGAAGUAAGAGUGAAAAUUCAAAUAAAGGAAAAAAUUACAAAAUUGACGAGGAAAAAGCUAGAGGAAGAAACGAGAGAAAGAAGGGAGAGAAGAAUUUAAAAGAAGAGAAAAAAUCAAGGAAAAAAAUGAAGGAGAGUAACGUGAAUUAGGGAACGAGAUGAAGGAGCAAGAAAAACGAGAUAAAGGAACGAGAGAAAAGUACGAGAAAUCUCAAUUACGUUUGACCUCAUCUACGUUUUUUGGGAUUAAAACAAUAUUUUCCACAUGCGAUUGACCUAAAUAGAAGAUCAAAUUUCGAGCACUUUUUUAGAAUGGGGUCAAAUUUCCAGUGGAUUAUUUAGAAGUCAUCCGUACAAAUUUGCGGAAAGAACAGUUUGAUGCUUAAUUUAAUAAAAUAAAAAGGAGAGGAGGAAUGGAGGAUAAGGAUAGUCGGUGAUAGAGAUUGGUCCGAUGAACUCUGCAAUUGGAUUCUAGGGUUUCUUGAGACUGUUCCUUUCCAUCUUUGCUAAUCCGAAAAUGUCUGAAUUGCCAGUUGAGCUAUGGACACAAAUUCUCGAAGUUGGUGUAAAGAGCUAUGUUUUGACUUACAAAGAUCUCUGUUGCGUCUCCAUCUCUUCUCCUCGACUUCGCCGCCUCUCCGACGAUGACUGUCUGUGGUCUCAUCUUCUCUCUUCCGAUUACCCUUCAUCGUCUUCUUCUUUUCCGUCCUCCGCCUCCUCUUCAAAGUCCCUUUACAAAAUCAGGUUGGAGAGAGAUAGAAAUAGGAAGAAAGCGGCGCAUAUGAGAGCGGUGCUUAGAAAGGAAAGCCAAAUAGCUGAGCACUAUAGAAGGCUUGGUGAAUUAGAGAAUUGGUUGAUGGUGGAGACCAACAAAUUGACAACGACCUUGACGGAAUUGUCUAAUUUACGCACAGUCAGGGAAGCAACAGUAGCUUUGAACGUCUGGCAGCCUGAGGUCAUUAGGGCAAGGCAAACACAAAUUGUUGAACAAUGUAGUGUAUCUGUUGAUUCUCGGUCUCGGACUCUAGAUAUGGAGCUCAAGAUUUGUAAGCAACAAAUUGCUAUUUUUUGGAAAGCACUUAAAGAUGAAAGACAAAGACUCAACUUAGCUAAAGAAGAGUUAACUUCAUUGAAGUACCACCCUCUAAAGGAUCAUAAAUUUAUAGAUAGCAGUAAUAAUGUAUCUCACAUCAAGAGGAGGUCAAAGGAUGCAAUAAAUAGCAAGGUAAAACAGUUACGCAGUACAUGACUUGGGGAGCAUUGCCUGCUGAAGAAUGAGCCUGCUCGCAACAUGUGGGCAGUUGCUUAGUAUGGAACUACUAAAGAUGGUUAUGCAUUACAAUUGAGAUGAGCGUAACUGCCGAAGUGUUCUGCACUGGGUGCAGAGUAAGAAUAAGAUUGACCUGUUAUGUCAACAUCAUAUGCAAAUCUACAUUUUAGUCAAAUGGGGAAUUUUAAAAAUCAGUAGGAAGAUUGUCAUUAAGGACUUCUUUUAUCCAAGGAAAUAUGUCCACUCCCCAUUUGGCCUACGGAUAAAGAAACUCAUGGUAAACUAAACCCAAGUCUGGACUUCAAAACUAAUUCACUGUUGAAGUUCACACCAAGGUACUCCCCUUCACCCUUCAUUUCUCUCCCUCUCUUUGGCAGAUUAUAUUGUCUACCUCUUCGUCUCUGGUGCAAAAAUGGCUCCCUCAUUUAUUCUCUCUUCUUUCCUUCAUUAUCUUCAAAAUUUGAAUUGCUCAUUUUCUCUUCUCUAAAUGCUACUCUAUUUAAGUCUGUGACCCUUAACCUCCUCACUCCUCUAGCUGCUUCAAGAAAACUCAAAAACAUCAGUCUUGCCUCUUCCUCACUUCUCUCAUCUCCCUCGCCAUUGUUGUUUUCCAUGUUGUGGCGUGGCAUGAUUGAUUUGAGAUUAAAUAACAAAGGAGUAGCUUGAUAGGGAACAACUAGUGCCUAAAGCUUGGUGGGGGAAGACAACUACUUAAAGAGUCAUCCGAAUAAACAAGUCAUUCCCUCGUUAUGAUGAGUUAUCAGUCGUAUUUGGGAAGGAUCGAGCUACUAGAGUGGGUUCAGAGACUCCAAGGGACAUGGCAUCUAAUGAUGGUGAGCACUUGGGGAAGAUAUGCAUAUGUGGGUAGAUCUCAAGAAUAUUACCUCAACUCCCUCGUGUUCGACACAAUGCAUAUACGAGGAAGGAAUAUCUAGCACGCCAACUAGUAGGUCGACUCCAACUGGACUAACGUUGCGAGGAAGCAAGAAAAAAUGAACAUCAUAUCACUAAAAAAUGUCGGGCAUCGUAUUCGUGAUAAUAAACGUACAAACAAGCCAACUCAAGGGAAUUGCAUCUUGACUUGAAUCAAAGCAUGCUAUGGAGUCCAGAUGACGAAAGGAAGUGUUGGAGAUUCUUGCUCAAUUACCAAAGUUGUUCUAUGGGACAAGGUCAAGCUGAUGGAUAUCAUAUUCACGAAUGCAGAUAGAACCAGCAGUUUAUUGUCUAUUGGAAUGGAGCUGAAAAAUAUGUCCCAUGCAUCUUUUGGGAAGAGGUGAGUGACCUGCCUUAUUGGGUCAUUGAACCUUUAAUAAAAAGGAAGAGCUCUCUAAUGUAUGAACAUGUCCAAACAUAAAUAUAAGAAAUUUUGAUAUAUAAAAACAAUCUAUUUCUUUGAAGUUAA